GAGAAGAACAAAUCACCAGCAGCGUCGUCGCAAAUGGAAGACAUCCGUUUGGCCGCUUCCUUGUUCUUUGAGAAGAACCCAGGAUCGAAGAACGCCGCGCGGGCCGAGUUCUCGACCUUGAGAGAGGCCAAACCGGGCCGCGUCGCCAAGAAGGCGUUCGGCGAGCACCUCCAGCGGUGCCACCCGGGGUGCUCGACCCUCAACUUGGCGUCCGAGCUCGACGCCGACCGCGACGGUUAUCUCACGUUCGAGGACUUCCUCGUCUGCUGCUACUUGUUCCAGACGAGGCCGGUCUGCAGACAAUGCAAGGCCAUCGCCAAGCUCGUCUUCUACACCUGUCUCCAGUGCUUCGUCGAGGGCAAGUCGAAAGGGCCGACCUACGAUCUCUGCCCCAAAUGCUACCGCGACAGGAACAAGUCCUCGCACCCGCACAAUCUGUUCGUCGACAACUAUGCACUGGCCAACAUCAUCCGGAUCCCGCCCAAGGAUCUUCCAAUCGAGGCGAAGAUCGGGUCGUCAGUGGCAAUUGGAUUGACCAUGGACAAACUAUUGUCUGGCUCAGGCAAUUGACAAGUCGCAUGGCCCCUGAAAGAAGAAUUUACAUGUCGAGGAUUUCCUGAAUAAAGUCGGUCCCCAGACAUUCAGAUGGAA